AUGACUUCACUACCUACGGACUCUUUUAAAAUUACCCUUACAACUACAACCACAACCGAAAUAAUUGAAAAUAAUGAUAUAACGUCAUCGUCUAUUGAGUCUUCUGAACCUGAGAAUUCAUUAGACGUCACAAUACCAGAGAAUAUAACGAAAAGUACAUCCUUAUAUGUAAAUCAAGAUUUAAACCGAUCAGCGAUGUCGUUAGCAACUGUAGAUUAUAUAGUUCCAUCAAAUGAUCCAAGAAACUCAACUCAAAUAUUUAAAUUACAGUUUAUUGAUUAUUCGGAAUUUGUAGAUAUAAGUCAAUUGGGUGAUAGUAAAAGUAUUACAGCUAAUAAUGAUGAUUAUAAUGAGACAAGUGAAAGUAAAGCAUUAGUUGAUAAU